CAGACCAGUAGUUUACUUUUUUUUUAUGUGCAGGCUACAUCUGCAAAUACAAGCUAAACUUAUCUGUUUUCUCAAUAAGGACAACAAUCUUGUGCAUGACUAAACAAUGUCUGUUCUUAUCCCACGACGGCUGUUUUAAUGUAUUGAUUCUGGCAGGUCUAUUACAGUGAUGGGAGUCUAGUGGUUUCUAGCUGUGGGCUUUACAGAAAGCAAUGCGGCUGCAUGCAUCACAUCACGUUUCGAUCGGUCUGCGGCAGUGCCACACCCAGUAUUGCCAGAUUGGAAAGAAAAAAGACCUGAAAGAAAAGCUGGAAAACUUCUCUCCGAGUCAUCCAGAUGUAAAGGACAUCAAGAUCCUGGUAGCUGGACAAAUUGGAGCAGGAAAGUCCAGCUUUAUUAACUCUGUCGAUAGCGUCUUUCAAGGACGGAUCUCCUCUAGAGCAAUAGUUAAUUCAGCUGCUGGUUUCGAUCACAGUUUCACUCAAGACCUCAAAGGAUUCACUGUUAGAAGUGGGAAAAAAAAGUUGCCCUUCAUCCUCAAAGACAUCAUGGGCCUGGAAGCUGAAGUUUUGAAAGGGUCACAAGUAGAAGACAUCAUCAGUAUUGUGUUUGGCCACGUGAAGGAUGGAUAUAAAUUCAACAAGGAUCAGCCACUCACUCGUGAGGAUCAACAUUACAUCAGUGACCCCAGCCUCUCUGAGCAAUCUUUCUGCCUGGUUUACGUCAUAGACGCAAAUACAGUCCAGUUCACAGACGAUAAACUUAUCGACAAGCUGAAGAUUAUCCGCCGGAGAAUCAGUGAUGAGGGGAUUCCUCAAGUGGUUGUCAUGACCAAAGUGGAUGAGGCAUGUCCUUUGAUCCAAGAAAAUCUGAAGAAGUUGUACUCUAGCAAGAAGAUCAAGGAGCAGAUGGAGUUGUGCAGUGCUAAAGUGGGGGUGCCAUUGACAAACAUCUUCCCAGUGAAGAACUACCAUAAUGAGAUCGACACAAAUGAUGACGUUGAUGUUCUGAUACUGAAGGCACUUGAACAGAUUGUUCAGCUUGCUGAUGAUAGAUUGGAGGAUAUUGAUAGCGAGACAUAAACCACAUAUACAGUAGUUACUGCAUUUCCCAGUCUAGCUUUCUAAUAAAUCUGGCCUUGAAUAUUGUUGGCUGUGCGACAAAUUGUUUAUGUUCCUCUAAUGUAAGAUGCUUUGGAUAAAAGCACCUGCUAAUUGCAUAAAAGUAAACUUAAAUUCAGGAUUCAGAAUUCAGGUGAGUAUCUUAGUCUUAGGAUUUCACCAGCAUGUGCAUCUUAUUUCAGCAGGUAAACUUCAUUGUUGCAAAAUGAGUAUUUGAAUGAACCUCAAUUCCAGUGUCUGCUGUGAUUUCCCAAGUGUAUAUGGUGCAGACUGGUACAGUAAUAUAAAUACAGUGGCUAGAACAGCGGCAUAUGGGUCAAUUGCAAAUACGGAUGUCUGAGGUAAUGAAAAGGAAAAAGUUCUGUUUAAAAUGCAGGCUCCAAGCUGAAAAUGUAUUUGCAUUCACUGUAUUAAUUCAUGUAUUAAUUUUUUCUAUUAUUAUUGUUAUUAUUAUAAAUACCAUUAAAGUGCUACUAC